CUCACAGAUAAAACUGAUUGAUAUGGUAUCACACACUGUACCGGCCUGUCGCACAAGGGCAUACAACACUCAAGUCGCUGCUCGUCUGGGCAACGUACAAAGAAUGAUUGGAGAAGAUUGGGUGCUGGACCCCUGUGGAAGACACUUUUAAAACAACUAAUCACAUGCCUGAAAAUGUACAUUUGAAACGUUAGCUAUUGUCUGGUAACGGACAGGUACCAGAUGCAGGGCGGCUGUGUUGGUCGACAGGUACUGUUGUAAAGGGGAACACCUCGGAGGACAAAGCAGCUAACCAGACUAACCAGACCUGUCUUCAGCGAUGGUGAGCAUGUCCUGCACUGAAUGACCACUCCAGACCUUCAUAAGGCCGAGAAAAACACGGUUUCCUUUCACCUUGCUCUUUUCUCAUCUUUUCACAUCACGUAACCUGAUACAACACUCGCACCGCACACACCCCGAGUCUUGCUACUGCCUUCACCUCUAGUGUUCAGACAACUGGGAUGGGGAGAAAAAUUAAGUUGUUUUUGCUAUCAAUAUUUCUUGUGACUACCUGUGUAGUCCUUGUGACCUACACUGAUGCCACAGGUUACCUGUGUUUGUGGUCUGCUCUAGCACCAGAAUGUACAGAAAACGAUGGCAGUGCAAAAUACAACAAUGAAGUAAUCAGCCAGUAUCUUCAAAGGUGGGAAGAAAACAAUGGCAGUGAGAAUUACGAUAAUGAAAUAAUCACACAGUAUCUUCAAAGACGGAAAGUUUUCAAAGUUACCAAAGGCCAUUUUGUAAGCAAAACCUGUAAAAAUAAAGAUGUGGGACCCUGUGUGGAUCCUGCUUGUAACACGACCUUCCUGCCGCCCAGGGCGAGACUACAGCGUCUUGUGAGCACCCAGUACAACGUCAGCUCCCGCCAUCUUGAGGUGCUGCGCUCCUUGGGGGCCCGGGUGCCGCCCGCCGACCUCGUCUUCCUCACGGCGGCCUCAGAGGACCAUUUUGAUGAGAGUCAGGGUGUCAUCAGGGACCUGCAUGAAAAGGUCUUUCCUUGGCUCACCAACAACACAAACUAUACUUAUAACUUUAUCUACUAUGACCUGGGACUCACCAACAACAGCCUGGCACUGCUCACUAAGUACUGCAGAUGUCACGUGCUGAGUUUCCCAUUCCAGUCGCUACCUGAAGUCUUCAAGAAUCUCAAAACGUACCAGUGGAAGCCCUUACUUGUGAAGGCACACAGCCCGCACUCCAAGCUGCUGAUGUGGAUGGAUGCUUCGGUCCGCUUCAAGUCCGGUGAUGUCAGCCUCAUCAUCCAGCGUGUCAUGGCCGACGGAUUUUUCAUUCAACACAACAUCUACAUGAUGCCGAGACACGUGAUGCCAGUGAUGCUGCAGUAUUUUCACACUCAAGCCUGUCUCCUCGCCCCCUUCUAUGAGGUGGAAGCAAACUUCUUUGUAGUCAAGAACGAGCCGCUGAUGAGCAAAGCUGUACUGGAUCCUUGGGUCGCCUGUGCAUUUGCCCCGAGAUGUGUUUAUCCAGGUGAUGACUGGAGAAAACUCUUAGCAUGUUUUGACAACAAACGAGGCUAUAGUGUGUGUCACAGAUUUGACCAGGCAGCUCUAGGUGUGAUUCUUGUUACACUGUUUGACUUUAAACUGUCAUACCUUGUAGUUCCUGACAACAAUGUUAAUAUUCAGAGAGGCAACAAAGUAAAAUAUUUUUCAAACAAUAUAAAUAGUCGAUACUCUCAAAAUCAUUCAUGUAAAUUGUUAUUUGUCUUUAGUAUUGGAGUUCUAGCAUCCACAAGAAACGUAUUUUGGUAAUUUGCUCUUGACUAUGCUGAUUAUGUACAGUUCCCUUCUGUGAAUCCCUGUGACACCAAUCAUUUGAGACAUGCCUGAGAUAUGUUAAGACCUAGUUUUAACAACUCUUUUUUACAAACCUUUUAGUUGUAUUGUUCUUUCACCUUCCUGGCUAAAUAUUACCCCGAUAUUGGAAAUGCAAGCCUGUAACAUAUGUGACAUAUAUCUGCGGAAGCUGAAUCCAUGAUGGCAUAUAUACACUUUCCAACAUUGUUCCAACAAUAGUACCAUCUGAAUAGGCCCAAUCUUUUUUCAAUCUAUAUUCUCUGUGAAUUCACACAGCAUAAGAGCACACAUUCACAAAGACAUUACACGUACAAGAUAGCCAGAGCUGUGACCCUAGCUUUAUCCCGGGUACAAGAUGAUGAUGACGAUGAUGAUUUUAUGUAAGACUAGUGAAGGCUUUCUUGAGGUCUAUCGUCAGGACUUGAGACAGCUACCUGGAGGCACAACUCAAGCAUUAAACAAUGAAAGUAAAUGACUUGUGUGUUGAACUUUUUAAAGCUACCUAGAAUGGCAGCUGAUGUGGGU